AUGAGGCAAAAUAGUGGAGCUCUAGCUCUGCUUCACUGGGUCAGGGGAAAGAAGGGUAAGGCUUCAACAGCACGUGGCCUAAAAGCCUGGAUUGGAAACCGGCAGGUGCAGCUGAUGGACAAUCCCAAAUUGCCUGACAGCUUUAUAACAGGAAGCAGUGAGAAUGAGGGAACAGAGAGAGAGAGUGCUCCUGAAGGCCAGGCCCAACAAGGUAGGCCCUCGGAGCUGUCUUCCAACCCACCAGUGCAGAGAGAAGAGACAGAGGGUGCUGACAACCAGGGUGCUGGAGAACAAGGUAGACCAGUGAGACGGAAUAUCUAUCAGGGGUAUACACCACGAUUCCGCAGAGGUCAAGAGCCUAGAGAGGAUGGUGAUGAAGAAGAUAAGGAAAAUCAAGGAGCGGACACCCAAGGUCAGCAGCCACCUCAACGUCGGGACCGCUGCAACUUCAGUUAUGGACGCAGAUGCCCAGAGAACCCUCAACCACAAGAUGGCAAAGAGACCAAAGCAGCAGAGAAUUCGUCUGCUCCACAGGCUGGGCAGGGCGGGGCAGGGUGA